AUAAUAGUCUCCGAUUCUCCGUGCAGAUGAGCCGGCGAUGAUUUUUGAUCCACAAGACUUGCGGAUUAAAUCGAUCCCUCCAAUUUUCAAUCCCCAGAUUCUUUGCUCCAAACCCUAACCCGCAUUUCUCGACUAGGAAGAUUCCGAAGCUUAAUUUGCGGGUAUACAUACGCGCGCAUGCCCUGUUGCCGCGAAUGGCGAUCAUAGGGGAUGCGCUCCGGCAAGCGUUCAUGCCGAAGAACGAGUACGAGAGUCUGCGGGAGGAGGAUAAGGCGUGGCUCCGGUUACGUAAGCCGAUCCUUUUUCUCUCUGCAACCCUAAUCGCGACCGCGGUCUUGGUUUCCACUCUGAUCAGCUUCAAUAUUGUGUUCCCGGGAGAUCCGGCUCGGCGGCCGUUUUGCGGGGACCUGAGGAUUCAGCCGCUUUCUAUCAAUAUCACCGCCUCCUCAGCUACUGCCACGAUUGGCGGUGUGGGCGGGGACUCUGAUCUGGGUUUUGGGGCGUUUUACCUCACCAAUCAGGAGACUGUGGAUUAUUAUUGGAUGGUUGUGUUUAUGCCAUCAUUUGUCUUCUUCUCCAUUUCUGCAGUGUAUUUAGUUGCAGGAAUUUUUGUUGCUUAUUCUGCUCCUAGAAGGCAUGGAUGUUUGAAGGUGGUUGAAAAUAACUAUUGUGCUUCUAGAAGAGGUGGAGUGAGAUGUUUAUCCAUUCUCAACACCUUAUUUGCCAUCAUAUUUGGGACUCUGGCUCUGUUUCUUGGCUCAACGCUGCUCACUCUUGGGAGUAGUUGCUCUGUGCCCUUGUUUUGGUGUUACGAAAUCACGUCGUGUGGGCUGGUGAUUCUUUACGCAGGAACAGCCUUCUUCUUGAAAAGAAAAGCUGCUGUAAAUCUAGAUGAAGGUGGCUUCGCUGGGCACAAUCUUGGGCUAGAAAUGCUUGAAGCUCAUCCUGUUGAAAUCACCCCAGAUACAGAGAGACGCAUACACGAAGGUUUUAAGGCAUGGAUGGGCCCAUCUUUCUUGUCCUCUGACGAGGAUGACGAACCCGACGAGUACCAGGAAUUGCCCACUAUGUCUAGGACCAAUUCUACCCAGGAACGAACGUGAUCUUCUCAUCUCCCAUUGAAGAAGACUUGCAUCACCACUUCUACCAAAUGUGGUUCUGGUUAUUAGCCCAACUGCCCAAGCAGAACUUUGGAAUCCAUUCCUUGGGAUGACGAGUACUGAGUCCAGAUAUCAACCACAUGGUGGACCUGAAGUUGCGCGAGGCAUUACCCGUCGACAGCUAUAUAUAUACUGAGCAGGAGUUUAUAUCACUGAUCAAUCCGUAUUUUAUCGAUGAUUAAUGAAAAUAUAUAAAAAGAGAAUAUAAUUUGCCUCUUACAGUAAUGAAGUCAAUUUACAUAUGGUCAAAAUUUAGAAUAGGCUUAUUGUACAUCUGGAUCUUCUUGCAGCUACAAAUGAAUACUGUUCAUAUGU